UAAUGCUCCCACUGAGCAGCGGAGGAUGGAGCGGAGCUAAUGAAUGAGAUGAGGGCACCAGCACCAAAUAUUCACAUCACUAAAAUCCUGCUUCAAUCAUAAGUAAAAACGCAGGAAAUGUAAUUGUUUAGCUUUGACUUUACAUAUAUUAUUAUUUAUUAUUAUUUUGGUUGCCAUCGACGUCGCUGAUCUGAAGCUGAGCUGCUGCCUCUGUAAUCUUUGGCUGGAGGAGGACGGGACGUGAUGGUAAAGCCAGGAGUAUGCAUCUGUCUUUUCUCCACAAAACAUCGGAGAUGAAGCCACAUCUUGAAGGAAGAUGUCUGUCAUCGCCGAGCAGCAUUAAAGCUGAUAUUUGCGGCAGUGAAACUCUCUAAUGUCACACAAGGUUGACGGAAUUUAAUGGCACAGCGGACGGCGAGGAAGAGCCAGCGACUGAAAAGUGGGAUUUAUGGACAGUGUCGGCUUAUUGGAAAUUGAAGGGUGAAUGUCUAUGUGUCUCCAGUGUAUCUACAGCUGGUCAUAUAUCUAUAUUUGUGCGGUAAGCAGACACCAGCAGGAGCCAAAAGGAGGAGAGUAUUCACAGCGAACGGAUGGAUAGCUUAUUUAGACUCGACUCUGCGCUUUUUAACCGGCGAUAUAACCCUUUCGUUUGUCUUUUUUGACAUUUUUUCUUUCAUAUUUAAGUAUUUAAGUAAGUAAAGUCACUAAUUUGAGCUUUAUUUGACUAAAAACAUCACUCUCCCUCCUUCUCCUGGCCUGAGUUUAGCUCGGUAAUCCUCGUUUGUGCGUAACCGACGAGUUUAUGUAGCUAACGGCUGUAGCGCGAGCGCUGCUGUGCCGUGCUGUGCUGUGCGCGCGUGUGAGUGUGUGUGUGAGUGAGUGAGUGUGCGUGUGUUGUCGGUCAUCAUGCGUGCACCGACACGUUUGCUCGGAUGAAACCAACACCCUACCACAAUGUACCCAAAGACACAACAACAACAACAACAAAAACAUCAACAAGAAGAAGAAGAAGGAGCCAUGUCGGAGUGAGAACAGCCACCGUGGCUCCGCCGGCCGUGAAGUCACAACAAGCAGAGCGGGUUUAAGUGCGAGAGAGAGCGGAUCAACGGCUGAAGCUAGCUCCGCUCACACACACCGCCCUCCAAAGAGAGAGAGAGAGAGUGUGAGAGAGAGUGAGAGACACCAGAAAGGAUCAUUUCGACUCAACUUAGCAGCCAAAUACAGCAAAAAUGGGUGAGCAGCCCAUCUUCAGUACGCGGGCCCACGUCUUCCAGAUCGACCCAAACACAAAGAAGAACUGGGUUCCCACAAGUAAACACGCUGUCACAGUCUCCUACUUCUACGACAGUACCAGGAAUGUAUAUCGAAUCAUCAGUCUGGAUGGAUCCAAGGCCAUCAUCAACAGCACCAUCACCCCCAACAUGUCCUUCACCAAGACAUCGCAGAAGUUUGGCCAGUGGGCCGACAGCCGGGCCAACACCGUCUACGGCCUCGGCUUCUCCUCUGAGAGUCAGCUGGCCAAGUUUGCAGACAAGUUCGCAGAGUUCAAGGAGGCGGCGCGGUUAGCCAAGGAGAAGUCUCAGGAGAAGAUGGAGCUCACCAGCACUCCCUCUCAGGAGUCCGCCACAGGUGAUGUGCAGUCACCUUUGACCUCAGAGAGCAUCAACGGCACAGAUGAUGAGAGAGUCACACCAGACACACCUCAGCACACCGAAGCCAGAGCAGAGCCUUCCCAGAAUGCACUGCCCUUCUCGCACAGUUCAUCCAACAUCAAUAAGCACUGGGAGGCGGAGCUGGCAGCACUUAAGGGGAACAACGCCAAGCUAACGGCGGCUCUGCUCGAGUCCACAGCCAACGUCAAACAAUGGAAACAGCAGCUGGCGGCGUAUCAGGAGGAAGCCGAGAGGCUACACAAACGGGUGACGGAGCUCGAGUGCGUCAGCGGUCAAACAACAGUGAUCAAAUCUCAAAAGACGGAGCUCAACCAAACAAUAGAGGAGCUGGAGUUGGCUUUGAAAGCUAAAGAGGAAGAGUUGGAGCAACUCAAAGCCGAGGUUCAGAGUGCCAACGAGUUUCAGUCUCAGAAAGAUUCACUUACACAGAAACUACAGGACACGGAGUCGAGGAACCAGACGUUGGAGUCUCAGCUGAGCGAGCUGGAGCAGCGUCUGGAGAGCAGCCAGCAGGAGCGAGAAGCUUUCCGUACCAGUCUGCGCUCACUGCUGGAGCUGCUGGACAGCAAGAUCUUCGAGCUGACCGAGCUGCGGGACACGUUGUCCAAGCUCAUCGAGGGCAGCUAGAGAGAAGAAAACACAAACACACACACACACGUCUUUUUCACGCCAUGGGCCCCCUUUUCACUGCCACCACAACAUCACCAACACCACCAACGCCACCGUCACGCCUCGGCGCUGCAGCCAGAGCAUCAUCCACCGCAUGCUGGCACUCAACUUUAACUUGAAGUCUUCUUUUUUUUUUUCUCUCUCUCGACAUGUAUACGAUACGUUUACACACAACUUUAUGCAUUUAGCGGUACACACACACACACACACACACACACACACACACACACACACACUCUCUCUCUUCGCUACGUCCAUAUACUCAGAUCGCUACACGUUUACAAACCGCCAAGUAAAGAAAGAGGCUUUGCUUGGACCAGGCCUUCCCUCCGCUCCACUCUGGAUUCUUCUUGACUCUCUUCAGAGAUAAAAAUCUCAAAUUAUUUUUAUUUUAUUUAAGUUUUUUUUUUUUAUCUUCAUUCCGUUUGAGGGGAUUUUGCUUUUUUUUUUUUUUUUUUUGCUCCUUCAGUCACAAACUUUGCGCUUUUUUUGAGCUUCGCUUUGGUGCAUUCUCGCCGUCACCUGAAGCUGGUGAUUGUUCGUUUCUUCCUCCUUCCUUCCUUCUUCUUCUUCCUUUUCCUCUUCCUCACUUGUUUAUUAUUAUUAUCAAAACAUCAUCGUCAGCCAAACGAACACUCGGGAGUCACGUGAGACGGACUUUACAGAUUUUUUUUUUUUUUUGAACUCUGGAGGGUGACAGUGGAUCAAAGAGAUGCUCCUCCUCCUCUUCCUCCUUCCUCCCUCCUCUUCCUCCUCCUCCUCCUGUGAUUGUAAUCCACCGAGGGACUGCCAAAAAAAAAAAAAAACAGCACGGAGAGGACGACUUAUAUUCUUAUACAAUAUAUGAGCAAUACAAAAAAAAAAAAAAAAAAAAAAGGGGAGCAUCGGAGGGCAGAAACACUUUCCACUCUCACUUUCAGGUAAUUUUCUCCUCUCGGAUCAGUUGAAGCCGCGUCAGCGUGGCGGGAUUUUAAUCAACAGUCUUUCUUUCUAUACACUUUUUUUAAAAGAAUACUUAACUAGUGCACUUGUAAAAAAAAAAAUAAAAUAAAAUGGAGUUUGUGUGUUUGGGUGAAUCAGAUGAUCUUGUUUUUCUUUCCCCUCUUUCUUUUUUUUUCUGUUGCGACUUUUUGAAGUGCAAUGAUUGAUUGAACCCUUUUUUUUUUUUUUUUUUGUUAAUUUAUUACUGUUACUAGAGACGAUUAUCAUGAAACGUUGUACAAAGCAAAGAUCUUUAUUUACAUCUUGUUUUCACUUAAUCUUUUUUUUUUAUUGUAUGGUACAUGGGUGUUUUGUUGUUUUUUUGUUGUUUUUUUUUGGAAAAACUGGCAAUAUUUUUGAACUAUUUAUCAACAGGAAGUGAAAGUUUAGCAGGUUGGAUUUGCAGAGAAUCUUUUUUUUUUUUUUUUCUUUUGCCAAAUAUGUUUUCCUGUACAGAUCUGAAUUCUUGCUGAUGUUGCCUGGUACGGAGAUGCAUCAACGGUAGCUAACUGCGGUACUUUACUUUGUGGGAUUUACUAUUGCCAAAAAUUCAAGCGACGUCGGAGGAACACGGAAGACGGUUUGUACACCUGAAGAACACUAUUUAAGGGCUUGUUGUUGUUGUUGUUGUUGUUGUUGGUUCGGGUACAUUCGGGAGACUUGAAUGACUUUAUCAUGUUGGAGAAUAAAAAAAGAAGAAAAAGAUGAUGAUGAUGAUGAUGAUGAGUAUGACCAGCUUGAAAGGGAAUAACAUUUGAAUAAGAGAAUUUUAAAUGUUGAUUAUACCACAUGCUUAAAAACACAAAUUGUAAUUUUGAGUUUAUAGUAAAACAAAACCAAAUGAAAA